CUAAUAAAUCUCACGUGAACAAAAUGGCAGACAGGGAGCCUCCGCCUCUUUUCGACGAUGAAGACCAAAAUGAGGUCAAAACCGACAAUGUUUCAGAAGAUAAGCCGGCUCCAACAAUCGUAGUUGAUGAAGAAGAAGACAGUGACCUCUUUGCAGGAGGGGGCACAGAAGUGUCGCUCGACGAUGACCCGUUGAAGGAGGAAGUCAAGGAAGAACCUCCGAAGCCUGAACCUGUCAAGGAGGCUCCAGUCAAGGAGACGCCCCCGGCCGAGUUAAAGACAGAGCCAACCCCUGCUGCCACCUCACCCGCAGUCACUGAAACCGUUAACACGAAGGGAUCAGCUGCGGCUAAAGUUACGGAUGAAACUGAGGAGGAGGUUGAGGAAGACAAGAAGGAGGCCAAGGCUGUCGAUGAGGAGGAAGAGGAGGAGCAAUUGGACACCUUUGAUAUGGAGAUAACUAUCACAGAACCAUUCAAGAAAGGUGACGGGAUGAGUGCUUAUAUGGCGUAUAAAGUGACCACAAAGACAAGUAAUCCAUCCUUCAAGAAACCAGAGACAACCGUUACCAGACGCUUCAGCGACUUUCUGGGUAUUCACCAGAAACUAGUGGAGAGACACACCACAAAAGGACACAUUGUUCCCCCAGCCCCAGAGAAGAGUGUUGUUGGUAUGACCAAAGUGAAGAUGUCCAAGACUGCUGAAGAGUCCAAUUCCAUGGACUUUGUAGAGAAGCGCCGUGCUUCUCUGGAGCGAUACCUCAACCGGACUGCUUCCCAUCCUCUGCUACAACAGGAUGACAAGUUUAUAGAAUUCCUGGAGAAAGAAGAGCUUCCUAAAGCAACCAGUACAUCAGCAUUGAGUGGGGCAGGAAUGCUGCGUGCCUUCAGUCGUGUGGUGGACUCAGCCUCAAAGAUUACGUCCAAGGUCACCGAGUCAGAUCAGUGGUUUGAAGAGAAGCAUCAGCAGAUAGAUGGCCUUGAUUCCCAGCUGAAGAAACUUCAUCUUAGCGUGGAGAGUAUGGUCGCCCAUAGGAGAGAGCUUGGCGGUUGCACAGCUCUUUUUGCCAAGAGUUCAGCGAUGCUCGGAAACUCUGAGGAGCAUACCGCCCUCUCUAGGGCGAUCUCACAACUGGCCGAGACCGAAGAAAAGAUUGACCAGCUUCACCAUGAGCAGGCCAACACUGACUUCUACGUCCUGUCAGAGUUGUUGAAAGACUACAUUGGCCUUAUUGGUUCAGUCAGAGAUGCAUUCCGCGAGCGAGAGAAACUGUUCGGGACUUGGCAGUCGGCACAAAUGACGCUAGCUAAGAAGAGAGAGCAGGAGGCUAAGCUCAAGAUAAGCGGCAAACCGGACAAACUGGCCCAAGUACAGGAGGAAAUUAAAGAUUGGGAAGGCAAAGAGACAAAAGGACAGAAGGAUUUCGAACUGAUCUCCAAGACGAUUCGUAAAGAGUAUAGCAGAUUUGAGGCGAAUCGAAUGACUGACUUCCGUUCCGUGAUCAUCAAAUACCUGGAAGCUUUGAUGAACCAUCAGCAACAGUUGAUCCAGUAUUGGGAAGGUUUCCUCCCUGAAGCCAAAGCCAUUGCAUAAGUCCACCGUCUCUCACUUGCCCAGCUGCCUACAAGUUACCCCACUCAUUAUGUUAAAACCAUGACAGCGGCUUUUAAUCUACCACAGUGGCUUGUAUCUACUGCCACUGUGGCUUGUAUUUACUACCACAGUGGCUUGUAUUUACCACAGUGGCUUGUAAUCAACGCAGCAACAUUCCAAUAGACUACAGAGGCGAAGUCGUGCUUUCAGGAAGACUUUGAGUAAAAACUGCUUUCUUUCCAAGAGUAAGACUGCCCGAAUUAGCGGCUGCGGCUGGAUCUAACACGUGUUGAUAAGCAUAGGAGACCCAUAGCAACACCCUUAGUAACAGCCAUAGCUGUAGCCAAAAUAAUCUGAGGUUUCAUUACCAGGUCCCCUUCUACAGUAUGUGUUAGUUUUUGUUUAAGCAUUACCGACAAACAGUUAGGAAAGAUUUUACUUCUAAGCAACUUACUGAUACCACUUCGGUACCUGAAACUGUGUGUGUGGUGUCCCCCCCCCCUUCCAAAUUAGGGAUAAUUUCUGGCCAUAUAUUUCUAAACACAACCAUCAGUCUUUCUACUCUUGAUGUAUAGGCUCUACUCUUGAUAGAGGCUUUACUCUGAUGUAGGUUCUACUCUGAUACAGGUUCCAAUGUCCAAGAGCCAAUUUGGGGGUCAUUGACAUUUACAACAAGAAUCAUGUGGUCAGAAACUCUGACAGAACUUUUUGUCUAGAGAGGUGAAAUACUGUUCAUGAGUUCGUCAGCAUCCAAAUUUAUAUUUUCCUUUUUGGGAUGUUUCUGGCAGCUGGAAGUUGGGGGAGGGGUAUUAGAUAGGAAGCAUGCAGUAACACCGUUAGAAUUAUCUGCGGCAGCCGAUUCGGACAUGUCAAGCUUUACUCGAGCCAGUCAUCUUCCUGGCUGCGCUCCGCUGGUUGGAAAGAUUAAUUAUUAAGAAUUAAAGAAAGGAACUUAUUUUGUUAUAAAAUUUCACAAGCAAUGAUUACGCUAGAUUGGUUUACCACUGUGAAAUCACACACAAAGUCGGUCAAUACCCCUGCUUUCUCCGUGAGAUGAAUGUUUUAGCCUUGGCAAGCUGGGCCGGAUUUCACAGAGCUGCUUAAGCUUCAAAAGUAGCCCAGCGCAAGAAAAUUGUGCUGACCAGAAUUAUACUGAAGGGGCACAGCAGGUAAGGGGCACUUCUAUGAAGAAAAUGUCAGUUUGUGAUGAAACCUAGCAAAGGGCACCACAGCAAAAGCAAAGGUCACAACGGCAGUUGCUGUGGGUUCGAGAGGGUACCUCGAGGACUGAAUACCAUGUCACAUAAAACAAAAUUUACAUGCAACAAGUCUAUUUCUCUAUUCGUUUGUUCGUUAGGAAAGAAAAACCAAAUAACAAAAUGUUAAAAUGAUACAUCCCAUUGCAGUGUAUACACAUGUAUAUAUCCAGCAUCUGACUAGAGAAGGAUUGACCGUAUGAGGGGGGGGCUUUCAAUUGUACUCAAAUUACAGUAUUGUCUUAUUUGCUUGCCUGUACAUUGUAUUCUUGAAUCAAUGCCCAAAUAAAUCAAAAGAACAACAAAAUAAGAAAACUGUUACUUUCAGUUGUUUCGCAUCACAGAAAUUUGAUCUUCAAGCGCCCUCAUGCGCUAGAAAAUAACUGCGAUUGAUGAAAACAAAUAUUGCAGCAGACCUCUCAAAUAAAAAUGUGAAUACCAAUCGGCCCUUCUCAGUGUAUAUAUAUUCAGUUUACUGUGCUGGGAACUCUUGACCAAUCAAAUUAAAAUGAAGUACACCAAGAUUUCGGAUGAAUGCUAUUGACUGAUUUUGAGAUGAGGCAAUUAGCGUUUCUCAUUUGCUUGAUUAAAUGUAAACAAGAUGUAGAUAAAACAAAAUGAUAUACCUGCUCGCUACGUGUUUGACAUGUGUCGACUUGUACUGGAAUAAUUCCAAUCAUAGUAGGCAUAUGUGUAGUGAUCCAUAUAUAAUGAUGACGAUUUGCGUAUACUGUUUAUCUUAGAGUUGAUUUCUCGUCAAAAAAUAAUCAAAUAACCUCAAAUAUAUGAUUUUACUUACUUGAGUACAUUUUUUAAAUUGAACCACAACAAACCAGUAUGUUUUAUGUUAGGCCUUGGUUAAUAUAAAUCUAUAUGUAAAUGAUUAUUUUGAAGAGUUUAAAAGUUGGGGCCUAGUCUAUAGUUAUCGUCUCUGUGUUAGAAUAGAAAAAGCAUGUGCCUAGUUAAAAGUUUGUAUCUUUAUGUUAAAAACAAUUCCACAACCGAUGAACCAGUUUAUCCGUCAGUCUUCUUUUUCUAUUUUCAAAUGUUUUGUUAGGGAGUAUACCAUUCUACUUUUUAUAACACUAUUUUCCUUUUAAAAAUACUAUCAUUUUGAGAGUGAUUUUGGCAAGGAUAAAUAUAUACACCAGCUGUGUUCAAAUCGUGGCGAUCGUUCACUAUUAACUUAAGUGUGUUUUGCUCCUGUCUCUUUAUUUCAGUUGUUCAUGUUGGUCGAGACUUGAAGAUUUGCUCUUAAAACCACUUCUUUAAAAAAAAAAAAUAUGACAGUGCCUGUGGGCGUUAUUCGUUAUUCUAAAAUAAGGGAAUAAAUUGUUUGUUUCUGCAGUCAUGUCAGACUGGUUCUAUUAA